AGAGCUCGGUCACGGCGGCAGGGAGUUCGGUGGGGCUGGUUCCUGGAGGGAAGGGCUGUCCCACCUCACCUGGACGGCGUGUCCUCCACCGCUGUCACGCUGCCACCUUUAUUGUCCCUGCGCUCCCCUCUUCCCUCCAGACUAAGUGCACUCAGGGCCAGAGCGGUAUUUCAACAGGUUCUUGCAUAUUUUGUAGAGCUCCAAGGUUCUGUGCAUAAUAAAACAAACUUUGAAGUCAACACCAUGCAACCCUCCUGUGGAAUGGUUUUCAUUUUUCUGCUUGUAAGACUGCAAUGGAAUGUAAGCAAUACUGAGGGCAUAGAUGUAAAUGAACCAAAUGAUGGAAACAGCUCAAUUAGAGAUAACGAUCAGUCUACAGUGCUACCAGCUUCGCAGAGUUUUGCUCUUCCUUUGACUACAGCGGUAAAUCCUGCUGCCACCAGUCGUGCUGUACCUCUGACUGCCAAUGACAAAGAAAAUGUAGCAAAAAGAAGAGGGAUGAGACAUCAGCCACACAGUAGAUCCCUGAUAUCCACUGAUGGCACCACUGUAUCUUCAAAUGUCACUAUGGUACCAAAAGAUGGAAUAAAUAACUCUGCCACAAACUUCAACAAGAUUCCAACGUCUUUAGUGACAUUUACAACAACAGGUGACUUUUCUGCAGCAGUGACCAAAAGUGCUGUAGCUACUUCUGCUUCCACAGGGACACCAAGUAACUCCACGGUCACUCACAGCACCCCUUUGGCUGCAGGGCUCCCUGGUGACAACUCUUCAAUCAACGCUACCACGUUGUCCCCCACCGGUAUCACUUUGACAUCACCCACAGUGACACAGGACAGUUCCACACUGAACUUCAACCUCACCCACAAAACAACAGAACUGAAUCAUAAUUUCAACAGCUUUUCUACCACAUCAUCUAAUCCAACAGAUCCCAACAAAGAUGAAACCAGCAAAGAAGGAGUAAUAGCUGGUGUCAUUAUAGGAACCAUUUUGGUAUUUCUAUUAAUUGGUCUGAUUGGAUAUUUUAUAUGUCAUAAGAAAAGGUCUGAGUCAUUUUCCCACAGACGGCUUUAUGACAAUACAAGGAAUGACCCAGUUCUCCAUUUAGACAACUCACUCGGGCCAUACAAUACGAGUUUUGGAUGCACGUCGGGCGACAAAACCAGCCCAGCAGACACAGCAGAAGACACCACUGCAGGGUGUCCAUCCAAUGACAUUCCUAUGGCUGACAUGACCCCAUCCCCGCCUUCACUGCUGGAUCCGUAGAAAUGAUGUGAAAGCUUUCGGUACAGGUUGGAUAGAAGAAAUACCUCAACGUGAAACUAAAGGAAUUACCUCUGCCAUGUAGGUAGAUAAUCUAAAAAACAUGGUCUGGUUUUGUCCAGCUAAAUGGUAAAGUUAGGGCAGUAACAUGCAAAUAAUUGCAUAGUUUAUCUGUUUGCAAUUAGCAGAUAUGUCUAAAUAGAAAGAAAGAACAUGAAAAAGACUUAGCUGUAUAGACAUAUAAUAAACAAAGAACAGAGAAAAUAACUACUCACACGAGCUACGUGCUUGUUCCUACGACUCUGUUAACAUGAUUUUUUUAGUGUGGAAACUGUACAUCACGUCAGUGGAGUUAUUGCACUAACUGACUGUGAACGUUGCAAUGAGGGUUUAUUUGAUACAGGAGUAAAUUACAUAUAAACAAAUACCAGAGAGAAACAAUGGCUGUCACACUGCAAAUGAGUAAAACAGGUAUUUAUUUCAGAGUAUUUAAAAGAUUAAAGAAGGGAGUGCAUACGUGCAGUAUUGCCAUUCCUACAGGGUCCAGUCAUAAAAACAACACACUUCUCACCAAAACCAGAACCUCAUUUCUAACAUUGCAUCCAGGACAUUGGAUUAGCAGAGUGAAAAUAUGAGACGCAUUCACCUGUAUUAGGUGAGAGUGUCACUCUGCUGCUUGAAAUUAAGAAAAAUAUCAUGGUCAGCUUUCAUCUCCCCUAGCAUGUUUUAUUCCAUAUUUCCUGAUAACGGUAAAGCAGUAUCACACAAAUAAAAUUCCUCCUUAACACUUGAACCUUGGCCUCAGCUAAAAAUGGAAAGACCCCUCUCUAAGGAGAACUUGAAGACAGAGAUGAAGAGAUGCUAAGAAGCUACUAGCAAUGUCUACAUCGGUAACCAUAUAACCAAGUGCAAUGUAUUUUAUGAAUUUAUGAAAUGAGUUAUUAGUAAUUGCAAAGCUAUAACAGCAAGAUUAGAAGCCAAUGAGGAAAUAUCACUGAGGCAAGCAAUCCAAGUGUGCCCUUUGGUUAUAUUGUGUUAAUUUUUGACAAUCUAAUUAUGAUUUUUGCAUGUAUGUGCAUGUGCUUGUGUUAUCUAUGUUUUGCUGUUGCUUCUAUUUUUUUUUUUUUUGGCUCACGUGACCUUUGUUCAUCCUUCACUUUAGGGUAGAAUCAUUGAUGCUUAUUCAUACAUAUUCCAUAAAUAAAGCUGUUGUGUGCCUUUCGACUC